AUGGCUAAAAUAGCGAGCGUUGAUUUCGAAGUCCUUGACGCUGCUGGCAAGAAUUAUUUGAGUUGGCAUGUGGACCUGAAGUUCCACUUACGUGCCCAGGGCUUAUUAGCCACAAUUUCAACUCCUGCUUCACCGGCUCCGGCCACUGGUACGGGUAAUGCUGUAAAUAAUGCUGAGGUUGCUACUACAGUGAUCAUCUCUGAUAUAGAUAAGGCGAAAGCCAUUAUCUACAUACGGAGACAUAUUGAUCGGACCCUGAAGGCCGAAUACCUGACUGUAGAGGACCCAAAGGAAUUGUGGCCUGCACUUGAGGACCGAUACAAACAUCAGAAAGAUGUGAUCCUCCCACGUGCAUGUUAUGAGUGGGAAAACCUCCGACUUCAGGACUUUAAGUCCGUAGCUGAGUACAACUCAGCACUUCAUAAUAUCACCUCACGCCUGAAGUUGUGUGGUGAAGAAGUUUCGGAGGAACAGCAAAACAGAGAAUUGCUUUUGGCCACUCAUAACCUACGCCCUGCAGGCUCAGCUCCUCUACCCGAAGCUCACAUGUUUUCUUCCCAGAAGCAGAAGAAAAAGCAUAAGGGUAAAUUCAACAAGGGGAAAGCCCCUAAGUGGCAGGCCAGAUGUCCACCCCAGAAAAACAACCCGCCCCAGAGCAGCAAUAGUGAGGGAAAGAAGAAGUGGAAGAAGAAGACCACUGAGCUGUCGUCCAUUCCCAAGAACACUUGGGAGGACAAAUGCCACAGAUGUGGCAUAACUGGACAUUGGUCCAGAAACUGUCGCACUCCGCGACACCUCCAAGAUCUGUAUCUAGCGAGCCUGAAGUCUCCUGUUGAAACAAAUCUGGUGGAAAAGCAGCCGUCUACUCAGUUCACUGCUGAUGACUUCGAAAUGGAUGAUCUUCUCGACUAG